CCUCGCCGAAAGAACAAUGCACACGUCCGAGCGAUGCCAAGUCGCUCCAAGCACCGCGUGGGAAGAUCGAGCUUCUCGGUGCGGCUUGCAGCUGCAAGCGCCAACGCGAGGCGAUUCAGUCUGCAGAGGAAGAGGGGUGGCGGCACGGCACUGCACGCGCGUCAGGGGGAUGACAAGAGAUCUGGACACGCGGCAACGCUUUUAGGUCACACUGAGCAAUGCGGCGCUCUUCAGGCUAUGGUGCUGAUGGCGAGGGGCCGCUUCAAGACUACAACGAAGAACAGAUGGGAACAUGAGGGUGACAGGGGGAAAGAAACGAGGGAGAUGAGAGGCGGGGGUCUCCUACCAUUGUGCUGCUACCGGGCCCAAGCAAUGCGAAAGGAGCUCAAGGGAAAAAGUAUCCAACGCCAGCGCCGCUGCUUACUGAGUGACGGCUGUGCUGUUGCCGAACUAGGGCCUGCGGCUGCAACUCGCGCGCCGAAAGAAAAAACGCCCUACGUAUCGGAUGAGGAGGAGGAGGUCGAGGAGGAGGAGGUGGCGGAAGAGGCGCCAGGAUGCAGGAGGCAGGAGGCGGAGAAACAGACUUGGAGCGCACAGUGCCCUACUCAAAACGAGAACCCACCACAGGAGGGCUGAGGAAGCACACCUGAGCGUGGGGGGGGGGUCGGGAGGGCUCCCCCCGCGGAGCAGCCCAGAUGGGGGUGAGCGUGGGAGCGCCCACCCCCAGCUCCGCCGACCCCGUGCAGCCGAGGCAGGGACCUCUGGCGCACACGCCGCGGCGCCCUCGCGCGCCUGGUGAAACGGGCGGCCCGCCGCCUGCGCGACGCCGGGCGCCGCCGCGACGGGGCCGAGUCCGCCCGGGGGUCCGCAGCUCGUACCGCGGGGCCCCAAAGUGUCUCCCACCGC